AUGCUUCAUCAUAAGGUAGCAAGUGAAAGAAAAAAACAGCGUAAGAGUGGUGUAUUUCGUACAGGUCCAUUUUUGGCUUUAUUUACAAGUGUACAAGAUAUAGAUGAAGGUCGAUCAUUUCCUGAUUUGAAUAAAAUAAUUCGUUUACUUCGUUUGAAACGUCGUCAUUUAAUACAAGAUAUGAAUCAAUUAAAAUUUGUUUAUGAAGCUCUACUUUAUUAUUGUCAAGAUUCUCUUGUUAAACGUGGAGUAUUAAAAGUUGGUUCAAUGAUGCAUCAUCAAUCAUCAACUUCAAUACUAAAAUCAACUUCUUCGAAUAGUAAUACUGUUCUAUUUGAUGAUGAAAUUAAAACAAUUGUCGAUAAAGCUAAACCAAUCAUUCAAUCAACACCAAAUUAUGAUGUUGGUCCAAUUUUAUCAUCAACUCCAACUUCAACAUUAACUCUAACUGAAGAAAAAUCAUCAGUAAAACAAUUAACUGCUAUUGAAGAAAAUUUUAAUUUACGUCCAGAAGAAAGUCAUAUAAAACCUAAAACAACACGAGAAGAUUUUUUUCGAACAAAAUCAUCACCAGUUAAAGAUUUAUCUGAUCCAUUUAAUCAAUUAGAUCCAUUAUGGACAUUUCAUUAA